AUGCGUUCCUCCGUGGAACGCAUCGGCCGGAUGACGUCACUGGCUCCUCCUAUUCCUUCCGGCUUAAUACGCCGGCACACUGUCAGCUCGGCGUUCCACUAUUUUUCUCCUCAUCUUUUCUCCCCCUCCCGCCUCCCGCUUUGGACUUCCACUAUCCCAUGUAAGCAGACGACAGCUGAGGAGUUUUCUUCCACAAACAUGCGUCUUCUCUCAGUCCUGAAGCUUAUCUUUCUUUCUGCCAUCCUUCUCCAUGUAGUUUCAGGGAAGAAGUUUCGCUGGUGUACACUGUCUGAAGGAGAACAAAGAAAAUGUUCUCACUUGGCUCGGACUCUCCAGAGCGUGUUGCCCUCCAAUAAUGCAUUUUCCAGGGUAUCCUGUGUCCGAGCUCACAAUAUACAAGACUGUAUGAGCAGGAUCAGGGGAAAUAAGGCUGAUGCGGUGUCCCUUGAUGCAGGAGAUGUCUUCACUGCUGUCAGACGUUAUAAUCUGGCAGUGGUAGCAAAGGAACAACAUGCUGAAGGAAGUUGUGUGUUUGCAGUGGCAGUUGCCCGCCGUGGUACUCUGAGUAUUAAUAACUUAAAAGGGGCACGUUCUUGUCACAAUGGAGCCAGAUGGACAUCAGGAUGGAAUAUUCCUCUUGGCUUCCUGCUUUCCAAAAACCUACUUCACUGGGAUGAAGAGCAACCCUUAGCUAAAGUUGUCAGCAAAUAUUUCAAUGUAAGCUGUAUUCCUGGAAUUGGAGUCUCCUCCCCAAACCUGUGUGAACUAUGUCAAGGUCCCAAAUCUUAUGUACGAGAAAAAAACCACUUCUGCGAGACCAGCACCAACGAACCAUUUUCUGACUCUGACGGUGCCUUCAGGUGUCUGAAGAGUGGGGCAGGAGAUGUUGCUUUCAUGGAUCACCUUGCUAUAAUGAAUGCACCUGAUUCAGAUCUGGAUCAGUUUGAACUUUUAUGCCGCGAUGGAUCCACUGCUAGUCUGCAAUCCUACAGAACGUGUAAUUUGGGACAGGGCCCCAGUAAAGGGAUUGUCACAAGAUUGCACAUGCAAAGAAUCACUAAAAAAUUUCUUACUCUGAUUCAGAAUUUAUUUGGAAAAAGCGGGAGACAAAAGAGCCGCUUUGCCCUCUUCUCUUCAGAGCCGUAUGGGGGAAGGAAUCUUCUGUUUCAUGAUUCUACACAGGAGAUCCAGGUCCUGGCAGAUGACUUGGAGAUGCCUGGGAUAUUGGGAUUGGAUUAUGUGUCUCUCUUAAAAAGCCUGGGUCAUGAAGGUAUUUCAUUGGAUCACAGCAUUAUUCGUUGGUGCUGUAUUAGUUCAGCUGAGAUGAGAAAAUGUGAAGAGUGGGCGCUGAGUGUGAGGGCAGAUCCACUGGUCUGUGUCCAAGCCACUUCCUUAAUUGGAUGCAUUGAAAUGAUCAAGAGUAAUGAGGCAGAUGCUGUAACUUUAGAUGCUACACGUGCUUACAUUGCUGGAAAGUGUGGUCUUCAGCCAGCUGCGGUGGAAUAUUGGGGGGAGGGCUCUGAUUGUCUCACGGAUCCUCUUGAGCUGCUUCAUCGUAUCUCAGAGAAAGGUUUUCCUUCUCUCUAUGCACUGGCUGUCACCAAAAAGAGUAUGAAAGCUGUGACUCUCGUUGACCUGACUGGGCGACGCUCCUGCCAUGGUAGCAUGUAUAGCCCUGCAGGAUGGCUCCUGCUCUCCAAAUACACAGUCCGAGCACCAUCAAACAAGACUUGGGACUGUGACAUUAACACAGCUUAUGAGAACUAUUUCUGGAAGGGGUGCAUGCCUGGAGCAGAUGUUGGCCUCUGUAAGGUCUGUGUUGGCUGGGAGGAGGGUGGCAGAGUCAAUGGGAGGUGUGCAGCCAAUCACGACGAGCGUUAUUAUGGAAACAUGGGUGCACUCAGGUGUUUAGUCGGAGACCCAAGUGGCCGGAUCUAUGGGGAUGUUGCAUUUUUGGAGCACCACUCACUCCUAAAUAACAUAGCAAAUCUGGAAUCUUCUGGUUGGGCAUAUGGCUAUAGUGCGUCAGACUUUGACCUGUUGUGUCCUAAUGGUGAAAGAGUCCCACUGACAAAAUGGAAGAUCUGUAAUCUAGGUGUGAUCCCACCCAGUGUAGUGAUGACACGUCCUGUAAUUACUGCAAGGAUCCAAGACUUUCUCAUGAAAUCCCAGGAAUUCCUCAAUAAAGAUGAAGACUCUACCUUCCAACUCUUUAAGACAAUGACAGCUAAUGAAGAGGGUGAUCUGCUUUUUAAAGACUCAACUUCUUGUCUUCUGCCAGUUGGUCACUAUACACUUCAGGAUAUACUUGGAGAAAGUUUCAUGCAGCUUGCUGACUCUGUGUUUGACUGCACAGAAGCAGGUAUCUUGGAUUUCUGUAAUUCAGACAUUUGUGCAGACACCAGGAGUUAGUAGCUGAAAUAAUUUGGUUUGUAAACUGUCAUGUCA